GCCGCCGCCGCCGCAGCAGCAGCAGCAGCAGCCGCCGCCCCAGGCCCCCCCCAUGGAGCCCGAGGCCCCGGAUUCCCGCAAGAGACCCCUCGAAACGCCCCCCGAGGUGGUCUGCAACAAGCGUAGCAACACGGGAGAGGAAGGCGAAUACUUCCUGAAGGUGCUCAUCCCCAGCUACGCGGCCGGCUCCAUCAUUGGCAAAGGCGGCCAGACCAUUGUGCAACUGCAGAAGGAGACCGGCGCCACCAUCAAACUGUCCAAGUCCAAAGACUUCUACCCAGGAACUACCGAGCGGGUGUGCCUAGUGCAGGGCACAGCCGAAGCCUUGAAUGCUGUGCACAGCUUUAUUGCCGAGAAGGUCCGAGAAAUCCCUCAAGCGAUGACCAAGCCCGAGGUCGUCAACAUCCUUCAACCCCAAACCACGAUGAACCCCGACAGAGCCAAGCAGGCCAAGCUGAUCGUCCCCAACAGCACGGCGGGCCUGAUCAUCGGCAAGGGGGGCGCGACGGUGAAGGCGGUGAUGGAGCAGUCGGGCGCCUGGGUGCAGCUGUCGCAGAAGCCCGAGGGCAUCAACCUGCAGGAGCGCGUGGUGACGGUGAGCGGCGAGCCCGAGCAGGUGCACAAGGCGGUCAGCGCGAUCGUGCAGAAGGUGCAGGAGGACCCGCAGAGCAGCAGCUGCCUCAACAUCAGCUACGCCAACGUGGCCGGCCCGGUGGCCAACUCCAACCCGACGGGCUCCCCGUACGCCAGCCCCGCCGACGUGCUGCCCGCCGCGGCCGCCGCCUCGGCCGCCGCCGCCGCCUCGGGCCUGCUGGGCCCCGCGGGUCUGGCGGGCGUGGGUGCCUUCCCGGCCGCCCUGCCGGCUUUCUCCGGGACCGACCUGCUGGCCAUCAGCACGGCCCUCAACACGCUGGCCAGCUACGGCUACAACACCAACUCCCUGAGCCUGGGUCUCAACUCGGCCGCCGCGUCCGGGGUGCUGGCCGCCGUGGCCGCCGGUGCCAACCCCGCCGCAGCGGCCGCCGCCAACCUGUUGGCAUCGUACGCCGGCGAGGCCGGGGCCGGGCCCGCCGGAGGGGCCGCCCCGCCGCCGCCGCCGCCCCCGGGAGCCUUGGGGUCGUUCGCCUUGGCCGCGGCCGCCAACGGGUACCUGGGGGCCGGGGCCGGGGGCGCGGCCGGGGCCGGGGGCGGGCCCUUGGUGGCCGCGGCCGCGGCGGCCGGGGCGGCGGCCGGAGGCUUCCUGACGGCCGAGAAGCUGGCAGCCGAGAGUGCCAAGGAGCUGGUGGAGAUCGCCGUGCCUGAGAACCUGGUGGGAGCCAUCCUGGGCAAAGGGGGAAAGACGCUGGUGGAGUAUCAGGAGCUGACGGGGGCGCGCAUCCAGAUCUCCAAGAAGGGCGAGUUCCUGCCCGGCACUCGGAACCGGCGGGUCACCAUCACGGGAAGCCCCGCGGCCACCCAAGCCGCUCAGUACCUCAUCAGCCAGCGGGUCACCUACGAGCAGGGGGUGAGGGCCUCAAACCCCCAGAAAGUGGGAUGAGGCCCGUGGUGUGUGCUCCCUCCUCCUCCUCCUCCUCCUCCUCCUGUCCCUCCUCCUCCCUCUUCCUCUCUCCGCCCCAACACGCCUGCCAGACCUCAAGCUUGGUGUGUAAAUCCUGCUCUCUGUGGGACGGGGCUGGGGUAGGCCUGGCUGCAACCUCCCCUUCCGGUUAGUUAUAGGCAGGAUUGAGCGAUGGCUGGGGAGGGGGGGCUCCAAAGCACCCCCCUCCUUAGCUGGGAUCUGGCUCCUCCCUCCCCCUCCUCCCUCCCUUCCCUGUGCUUGAUUGGACCUGACCUGCCUCUGCCAGGGCCCAGGUCUGUGUGAUAUCUGUAUAUAUUGCAUUUUGUUGAUUUUAAUAGAAAACAAAGCGUUAUUUUUCUCUUUCUUUCCCUCCUUUUUUUCUCCCUCUCUUUCUCUCUUUCUCUCUUUUUUUAAACUUUUUUCUUUUUCCUUUUUGAUAAGGAUUUUGUCCCCUCCUUUAUAUAAGUUUUUUGUUUCCAUAUGGGAGGACGGGAGGGAGCCUCCAGGCCACCUGACAUCGAGGUGCCUCCCCCCCCAACAAAAUAUCACAGCACCCCGCCUCUCUGCACUUUCUAGCCCCAGGGGCUUGAUGGGAGUAUAGGUGACCAAUGGGGGGGUCUGAGCCGAAGCAGGGACCUCCUCAUUCCCAGACUUCCUCAGCUCCUCUUCCCCCCCCACACACCAGAGGUGCCCCUCCCGAGUGGGACUGUCCCUGUUGUGAGGUUGUUCGGGGCCUGUGAGAGGCAGAAUCGACUUGCGAUGGCAUCUCUGUGGCUGUUCCUAGAGCAGUUGGUACUGAGGUCCCUGCGGGUGUUUAUCACUGAAGUAUUUUCGGAGGCGCUCCUUACGAUGUCACAGGUAGCGGUCACUUCCCGUGAUAUCAUCAGGACGAAAUAUGUGCUUUGGGUAUUGGACAGUGUGGCCAGUCCCUUGAUGUCCCUCCUCUGUCCACACUCCUCUUUGGUGGGUGUUGGCAUGAGGGUGAUUCCUAGGAAGAGACUAAAGGGUGGGACUUGGAUCCAAUCUGGAGGAUUUCAAGAAAAGAAAGAAAAAAAAAAAAAAGGGACAAAAGUUCUGUCGGGGUCAUCCCCACCCAAACACACCAUCUGUGGAUUCACCCUGGCAGGCCAGAGUAGGAGAUGGGACUAGUGAACGUGGUGGUUAAAGACCCCUGCCCCUUUCCCACCCCGCCUUUUGUGUGCAUGCCUUUGUCCGCGUGGCUUUGUUUCAUUGACUCAUGAGCCAAAUGUCUGGUGGCUCUUUCAGGCCAGGGUGACCCUGCGUAGAGUUCAGGGCCCCAAGCACGCUUAGGGUCCCUUUGGGAUGAAAUGCUCUGUGAAUGUUGUAGUCCGGUGAAUUCGAUUGGCCGGUGACUUAUAAGGAGAGCUGGCAAACUUUGGUGCUAUGUGACGGACCAGAGUGUUUGGUGCGCUCGACCGUGGGCUCUGAGGAGUUAGAAGAUUCGGAUGGACGGCUGAUAAGGCAGGCGGACGUCCCCCGGAGUUGUCUGGGCUCGCUUAGCACGGUGGCUGUGGUCAUCUCUAAAGAUAGUUAGUGCGCUCAGAUGGUCAGCGCCUGACAGACCUUACAGACUCGGGUGGCUGAGAUGCACCUGUAAUGUACCAUGUCCCCCUGUUUGCUGGACACCACCUCCAGUUCCUCUGAGAGCCCUGGUUCUGUCAAGCAGCUCUGGGGGAGAGGUAUCCUGUACUCACACCACUCUCCCCUAUCUGACCCCUGCCCAGGUCUUCCAGACACUUCUCUUCUCCAUGGCUUUGGGGAGGGGGGAAUCUGGCCUUCUCCAUUCUCUCCUUACUUAAAAGGGGGGAGGGGUAGGAGGGAAGAAAAGCCACUGAGGCAAUUGCUACUACCCCUAAAGUCCAGGAGAGCCCCCACCUACCCCUCACUAAAAAGCUGCCCCUAAAUCAAAAUGUGAAGAAAAAAAAAAAAAAAACCCUACAAAGCAAUAGCCUUUGAGGUACCUCGCACUGAAUUUUCCACCCCAGUCCUUCCACCCGAACAGAGGGCUGUAGCUUGGGCUCUGGGGUGAUUUUUUUUUCCCUUUGUCCUCGAAUCCCCGAAGAGGGGCAGGCCCCAUUUCCUUCACACACACAUGCCCUGUUGUCUCUCACCCCCUAGUGCUGCUGCCCCCCACCCCUAAUCUCCACACUGAACCCCAGGUGGAGAUUUGAGUGCCAAAACAAUUCUUGAUAAAACUUUGUAUAUAUCUUCUACCGUUUAGGGCUGUUGGGGUUGGAGGUAAGGGCAGCUCAGAGAGCCACUGCUCCCUCCACCUUUUAAAAAGACCUUACAGUAUUCAUAGUUAUCUGUGGCUAUUAAAGUAUCUAGCCAGAAUAUGUUCCCCCCCACACACACACUACAAGGAGGGGACUACAGAGCCAGGGACACAGGAAGGUCUGGAAGUGGGGAGGUGGGAUGAAAAUAUCUCAUUUGCAUAGCAUUUGCAUACUCAGCUUGGCAGCCUGCUUUCUAUAAGCUCAACCACUGGAACCUGGAUCCCAGUUAGCUGGGUCCAGUUCUCCUCUCACACAGACAUGGCUCUGGAGGCUGGGCCUCCUCAUAACAUGUCCCCUUGAGUGUCUGUGUGACAAGCUCCUCCCUAGUUAAUUUGGGGGAGGGGAACCACUUGCCCCACCAGCCAGGGCUAUCUGAAAGGUAAUUUGCUAGCUCAAUGAGCUAGUUCACCUCAGCAUGUCGGUGAGUGGGGGAGUCACACACCUUUCCCUGUUCUGCCCUGGGAAACUCACUCCAUCAUCUUCCUCAUCUUAAAAAAAAAAAAAAAAAGAGUCCCUUCUGCAAUGUGACCUCAAUCUUUUGUGCUGCAGUUUGUCCAGAGGGGACAGAGAUGUGGGGCCAGAGAUGGGGUUAUUUAUAAAGUAACCCAUCACCUCUUCCUCCACCUUCCCCAUUAGCCAGUCAGAUCUCAGAGAGUCUGAAUGGCUUCCUUACACCCUGUUCUUAAGCACCCAGUAGGUGCUUAGUAAGUGUUGCCCCCCAUUGACUUUGUCCCCUGCCUCCCGGUUCUCAUUUACCCUUCAACUUCCAGUAUCUUCCCCCAGUGCUAACUUCUCUUUCUCUGACUCCCUAAGGCUUUCUGUUUUGUUCUGGUUUGGGAUGGUUUUUAGUUUAGUUUAGUUUUGUUUUGUUUUGUUGUUGUUUUUUCCUACCUCCCUGAGGUAGGUUCCUACUGUCCCACGUCCUGUCUCUCUGUCUGUCUUCUUCCUCUCAAAAUCUCCCAACUCUUGUUUCCCCCCUACUUAAAAAAAAAAAAAAAAGUGCCAAACUUCCUUGGAACUGAGCCGCUCUGGGGGAGAGGACCUUAGAUGGAGGGGAGAGGGCAUGGCCAAGCUGACUUUGAGGAGGUCCCCUAAGAGGCACUGGAAGAACAGAAUGUGGACACUAAGCUAAAUUGAAUCCCCCCCCCUCAUUCCUCUCACCCUGAGUUUUUCUUAGAAUCUUUAUAAGAAAAAAAAAAAAAAGACAGAAAAAAAAAAAAACUCUCCUUUA